CUUGCUGAAUGUUGCGCGUAUCGUCUUUGUUCCGAGGAAGAACACGGAGAGAGAUUGCAGCAGUCGGUCGUACUGUUCGGAGGCGGUAACUCGGCUGGCCCUCCUUGGCGGUAACUCGUGUCAGGUGGAAUCGGAUUUGGUUAGCCUUUUGCCUAGUACAUGUCUCGUCGACGCUGAGACCCCCUUGGAUCGCCGGGUCCGGCUCCCAUUGCGAACGUCAUGGAGGAGGCGGAGAAAGUCUACAGAUUCGCCGAGGAGCAUUUUGUUGCCGGCGAUCUCGCCGGUGCGCUCCGGUCGGCCCAGAACGCCAAAAGGCUCUUCGCUUCGCUACCUGCCCUCCAGAACGCCGCCGCCGCGUACGAGGUCCACGCCGCGGUGGCCGCCGCCGCGCGCGGAGGAAGGAACUGGUACGCGGUGCUCGGUCUGCCGUCGGACGCCACGCACGAGGACAUCAAGAAGCAGUACAAGCGUCUCUGCCUCGUCCUCCACCCCGACAAGAACCGCUCGGCGGCCGCCGACGGCGCGUUCAAGCUGCUCCAGCAGGCGUGGGAGGCGCUCUCGGCCCGCCACCCUCCGGGUCCCGCCUCCGCCUCCAAGCCGUCGAGAGCGCAGCCGCGGCGGACGUACUACGCGCCGCCGCCACGGACUCCCCCUUCCCGGGCGAAGACGGGCUGUCCCGGGAGCCGACCACCACCGCCGGACUGGCCGUCGUUCGGCUUCACGCCGCCGCCCGAGCCCGACGGGUCGACGUUCGACUUAAAGGCGUGGCGGGCGGCGUACGCGCGCGCCAACGGGACCAUCUACUGCGGGCACUGCGACUCGGAGUCCGCCGCGGAAGGCGCCAGCCACGGCAAGUCCGGCGAGAGGUGCCACUCGUGUGGCUCUCGCUUCAGCCCGCCGCGGCGGAGCAGGGCAACCCCGGGCACGGGCGCUGAGCCCCCGCCACCGCCUUGCGGGGAGGUGCGGCGGCAACGCAACGCCGGGGAGUUCACGUGCCCCACGCCGUGCACACGGACACGGCAUGUGUAA